UCACAUUGCAAUAGUCGAGUUUUGUUGUCCCUUGUUGCUACCCGUCCGUACCCGUACGAACUGCUCUCCUGCUUAGAAAUGGCUGAAGCUCCCCCACGGCCCUGCCGGUUUUUCUGUCACCGGUGUACAGCAGAGAUUAAUCCGCGUUUACCGGAAUACACUUGUCCCCGAUGUGAAUCAGGUUUCAUUGAGGAACUUCCUGAGGAAAGAAGUAAUGAAAAUGGAUCCGCAUCCACCUCCUCCAGCAGUGAACAAAACCGGCCAAACUUUGAGAACAUGGAUCACCAACAUUUAUUCACAUUUCCCUCUGGCUAUGGUCCCUUCGCCCUUGGGAUUUUUGAUGAAAACUUUGACCUCCGAACUCGACUACCCACAGAGGACAACAGAGAGAUGGAAAACAGGAGAGAAAGAGAAAUGGCAUCGCGGCAGCGAUAUAGUGCACGGCAACCCCGGGGGCGGCAUGUUCCUCGACGACAGGGUACGCGCCAUGAAGGAGUGCCCACAUUAGAGGGAAUUAUCCAGCAGCUCGUAAAUGGAAUUAUAGCGCCUACAGCCAUGCCAAACAUCGGGAUGGGUCCUUGGGGAAUGCUUCAUUCGAAUCCAAUGGACUACGCCUGGGGUGCCAAUGGUCUUGAUGCCAUCAUAACACAGCUAUUGAACCAAUUUGAAAACACGGGUCCCCCUCCUGCUGACAGGGAAAGGAUAAAGAGUUUACCAACCAUCUCUAUUACAGAGGAACAUGUGGCUGCUGGUUUAGAGUGUCCUGUGUGCAAAGAAGACUACAGCGCUGAGGAGAGUGUUAGACAACUUCCAUGCAAUCAUUUAUUUCACAAUGACUGUAUAGUACCGUGGCUUGAACAGCAUGAUACGUGUCCCGUGUGCAGGAAGAGUCUUAGUGGACAGAACACAGCCACAGACCCCCCAGGGUUAUCAGGAAUGAGCUUUUCUCCCUCCUCCUCAUCCUCUUCUUCUCCCAGCUCCCCUAGCAAUGAGAAUGCUGCCAGCAACUCCUAGAAUUUUACCGUCACGGCCACCUCACAUCUGAGAAACCUCACAACACAAGUGACAGAGGCCACAGCGGCUCCUCUCUGUAGCUGAGGCCGGGGUAGCUCUCGUUUCAAGGAGGCGAUACAACUAAAGGUGAACUCUGAAUCUGUCACAGACUGUCAUUCUUCCUCCCUCCGUGCUGAGCGAAUGCUGGGUCCAGCUCCUGCUGCUUUAGUGGUUGAGUUUGGAGGAGGUGGGACUGUGCAGUGCUAAAAGAGGCUGUGAAUAGUGCUCCUACAGAUGGGACUGUGCAAAGAAAUGGAACAGAGUUUGAGCUAGAGUGGACUUCUUCAUGAUGGAGACAUAUCUUCGCCACAAGGCUGGAAAACAUUUUAUAAUGAAGAGACAAAUGCUCUUAAAAAAAACAUUUCCUGUGGUGACCCAGCGAACAUGGGUGUAGAUAGACAACUCAUUUGGACUGUCAUCCGCUGUACAGCUAACAGAUCAAACUUCAUUUUUGCAGAAAGGGAACCGAGCGUAUGCAUCAGAUUUCAAUUUAUUUACACCUCUGUUUUUUUCAAUUUGCACAAAAUUCUGUCCAGAGCUGGGAAUGUGAAUUCAGAGAAACUGCUGAUCAAAAAGGGAGAUUUAUUUAUAUAUAUAUUUUUUGCAUUGAAUGAGUCAUUUAAGUUUUUUAAAUUCAGAUUCUCUUUGUUUUAGAGCUUGAUACAGUGAACUUGGUGUGUCUUAACAAGGGAAAAAGCUACACAACUCAAAAACCAUUUAUUUAUUGAACUCUUGCCCAAGAUUGGUUAACAUUUAAGAAGAAAACAAAACAAAAAUGGCAUGAGUUCAUCUUACCUCUAUGGAACUGACCAAAUGUGUUUCCAAAUGAUGUGUUUAUUAUUUUAUUUACUGAUUUUUCGUACACCACAAUAAAGUACUUAAAAACA